AUGUGCGCAACACUGACAUCGGCUCCUGGCCGCGCUCCCUCCGCACCGGCUCGCUGUGCCCGGCAGUCCUACAUGUUGCAAGAAGAUUUCCUUUAUUUUCGAGGGGAGAUUGGGAGCAGAGCUGUGAGCACCAAGCCGUGUGGCAGCGCAGCAGUCCCCGAAACUGGAACCCUGAUCCUUUGCAGUGCUGCCAAGCUCCUGGAGAAGAGUCCGUUCUCCGUCGGCGCCCCGAGCCCCCUGCUCCCCUCACCAGCGAGCCUGCAGCUGGCACAGCUCCAGGCACAGCUCACACUCCACAGGCUGAAGUUGGCUCAGACUGCCGUCACCAACAACCCGGCUGCUGCCACUGUCCUCCAAGGCCACGCCACGGGGCCGCCGCAGGGACCUGGCAUUGCUGGUGCGACGUUCCCCUCUGGCGGCAUUGCCUUUCCUGCCCAGAGCCCGGCCUUAGCUGCGCCAGGGAGUGGCCUGGGGCCCAUCCAGGCCCAGAACCCCAAUGCCAUUGUCAUGAGUCCCUUCGGAGGCGUCAUGGCUCCCACCUCUGGCCAGCAACCCAUGGUGGUGGGUCUCAACAAGGCAGCUGCCUCCACCUCCACUGCUGGGGGCUUUUAUGAGUACAACAAGCAAAACGCUGCCAACGCCGCCCCUCAGGCAUACGCCUCAGAGGGGGACCAGCCCAGCCAGCAUGGCUUCCUCGCUAGUGGGGCCCAUGCGACCUCCUCAGUGGCAGGGCCACGCUAUGAGGGCCAUUUUGGAGCUCCCAGCCAGCUGCAGCAUGAGGCAGCAGCCACCUUUCCCAAGGAGCCCUAUGGGGCGGUGGCGGCACGGGCCUUCCCCAGUGACCCGCACGCUGGAUCCCAUCCGAAAGGAGAUCCCGGCCCUGUCUUGCAUAGCAGCGGUACAAGCAACCAGUGGGAAAAUAUCCCUAAUUUCUCCAGCCAAAACAAGCCUGACCUCAUGUCCGGUGACAGCCUGUGGCCGUCAGCAAGUCAGCAGCAGUAUGAAAUAAGAAACGAGCUCUACAACCCUGAAGAGCCAACACCUGACACAAAGUUCAGUGCGGCCGCCCCCCCUGCCUUCGGCCGCCUCAACCCCAGCCAGCAGCGCUUCUCCGCCCGCUCCCUGCCGCCGCACCAGCUGGGCGACCUCCACGGCGUGGCCCCCCUCCACUUCCCCCACAUCUGUGCCCUGUGCGACAAGAAGAUCUUCGACUUGAAGGACUGGGAUCAGCACAUUAAGGGAAGUCUUCACAUCCAAAAAUGUAUGGCUUUUUCAGAUAACACUGGUAUCCGGUGUGUGUUAAGCUCAGCAGAUGGAGCAUUGCACUUAUCACCAAAUAAUGCAGCAGUUUUCAAUCCAUCUAGUAUUGAAGAUUAUCCACCAAAUGUCGGCUCAUCUUUUAUCACUACGUCAGCAAGAUCCUUUGGCCAGCCAGGUCCUACAUUUUCUUCUCUUCCAUCAGGGUUUCCCCAGAGGAAAUCUACACUGGGUCGAGUUGUUCACAUCUGCAACCUCCCCGAGGGAAGCUGCACAGAGAAUGAUGUCAUUAACCUGGGCCUCCCUUUUGGGAAAGUCACCAACUAUAUCCUCAUGAAAUCCACUAAUCAGGCCUUUCUGGAAAUGGCUUACAGUGAAGCAGCACAAGCCAUGGUGCAGUACUACAAAGAAAAACCUGCUAUGAUAAAUGAUGACAAGUUACUUAUUAGGAUGUCGAAAAGAUACAAGGAAUUGCAGCUGAAGAAACCAGGUAAGAACGUGGCUGCUAUCAUCCAGGACAUCCACUCACAGAGGGAGAGGGACCUGCUGCGUGAAGUGGACAGGUAUGGCACGGAGAGGCCCCGCUCUCGCAGCCCCAUAAGCCGCUCCCUCUCACCCCGGUCCCACACUCCCAGCUUUACUUCCUGCAGUUCACCCCACAGCCCGAUGGGGACCAGCAGAACUGACUGGGGAAAUGGGAGAGAGUCAUGGGAUCAGUCCCCGUAUUCUCGACGGGAAGAAGAAAGAGACAGCAGAGAAUGGCGAGAGAACGGGGAUGAGAAGAGGGACAGGACUGACACAUGGGUACAUGAGAGGAAACAUUAUUCCCGACAGCUGGACAAGUUUGAUUUGGAUGAACGGAUUGAAGGAGGCAGAGGGCACAGAGAAAAAUAUUUAAGGAGUGGUUCUCCUGGCUCUCUUCACCCUUUAUCUGGCUACAAAAGCAGGGAAGAUGACUAUUACCGAAAAACCUCCAAGUCAAAGUCUGACAAGUUUCAAAGGCAGCUGCAGGAUUUACCCGGGAGAUCUAAGAGAAAAGAAGAGGCAAAGCUAAGGGAACGCAGGCAUUCUUACAGCGAGGACACAACCAGAGAGGAGGUGGCUGAACAGAAGCACAGCAAAGCGUCUGAGGGCUCCAGGCAAAAACAAAGUGAGAAGAAUAAGGUGAAGAAAGCUGAAAAAGACCAAGAGGAAGCUGCUGCUGCUGCUGAAGGCAGUGAUGUGAAAGAAACUAAACCUCCUGAGAAUGAGCUCGGAAAAGAGGAGCAAGUUCCAGAGAAGAGCUCACCUUCAGCUCAUAAACAAGGGAAAGAAUCUGGAGAGAUUCUGGAAAACACAAGAAAAGAGAAGGACCGAGACUGGGAGAGUGGAAGUGAGAUAGAAGGUGAGACCUGGUAUCCUGCUAACAUGGAGGAAUUAGUGACAGUAGAUGAAGUGGGAGAAGAUGAUUUAAUUAUGGAACCUGAUAUAACUGAUCUUGAAGAAAUAGUACCAGUUGAUCAAAAAAAUAAAACUGCCUCAGAAAUGUGUCCCUCUAUGUCAACCAUGUUAGAGCUGAAGAACGAUAACAGCCACCUAACCAGGAGUGAAGACAAAUUUCCCCAGAAAGCUUUAGAAACAAACUUCAGAUCAGCAAAGGGCAGUGUAGCUUCUCGAGGCUGUCAGGAUGAUGACGAGGCUGAUGAUAAUGAUGAUGCCGUAACUGAAGCAUCAAGCCUAAAUCUGGACCCUGAGCAGAAGCCAGAGGAAUUGCAAGAAGACCAAUCUGCUAAAGAGUCUGAUCCCCAGCAGAAGGAAGGAAAAAUUGAUAAGAGCUCUGACACUCGCUUAGAGCCCGAAGAUCACCAUAUACCGUCUGUUCAUCUGAAAGAAGAGACUCUCCAGCUCCCUGAUACAUUUAUAGAUGAUUACAAACAGAUGGGAUCACAAGGAGCUGAGAGCAAAGAAGUUAUGGAAAUGCUUGUUAAAAACGCUAGUGAACAAACAAGACACGGAAGCCAAGAGUGUCCAGAGGCCAAGGAAAAUUCUAGGUACCUGGAAAUGAGAUCUCUGGACUACUCGGAGGUAGAGUCUAAAAGAAGAAAUUCUCCGCCAGGCUGGGAACAAGAGGACGUCUUCACUGAACUCAGCAUUCCCCUGGGUGUGGAAUUUGUGGUGCCUAGAACUGGGUUUUACUGCAAGCUCUGUGGACUCUUCUACACAAAUGAAGAGACAGCAAAGACAAGUCAUUGCAGAAGUACUGUUCACUACAAAAAUCUUCAGAAGUAUCUAUCCCAGCUUGCAGAAGAGAGUCUGAAAAUGAAGGAAGAAGGCAGUCAUCUGCCUCAGGACGACACUGGCAUUGUUCCUCACUUUGCGGAGAAAAAACUGUGA